UAAAAACUGUUGAGUCAUUUUCUGAACAUCGGUCCCUGCCCGGUGCCCGUUCCCCGGGUAGAGCCUCCCUUCAUCGGCCACAGAUGGAGCUGUUGGUCCAGGAACCAGGAAGUGUGAUCCUCUCUGAAUCAGCUGUAAACAAGGGAGGUAUCGAGGCAAGAUGUCAACAUCUGCUGCAGAGGUUCUGAGGCUGGUGCUGCUCGGUCGGGAGGGGGCAGGAAAGAGAACAGCGGUCUGCAGCAUCCUCGGCCUGCAAGACUCUGAGCAGGGCACAGAGCCCCCCGUCAUCCUUGAGAGCAGCAAACACAGAGGAGAGGCUGCUGGCAGACAGGUGGAGUUGGUCUCCAGCGGCUUGUGGUUCGGCUCUGGCUGCGACCCGGAUGAAAGGCGGAGACACAUCUCCUCCUUCAUCUCCCGCUCCUCCCCCGGGCCUCACGCCUUCCUGCUCUGCAUCCCCCUGAACCAGCCCUCUGACGGGGAGGCGGCGGCGCUGCAGGUCCUGGAGAAGCUGCUGGGCUCCUCGGCCAUCAGAACCAGAACCAUCCUCCUGUUCACCCACACCGAGGAACUGGACCAGGACGAGACCCUGGAGGGGUUCCUGGUCACCUGGCGCAAAGACCUCCUGGAGCUGGUGGAGAAAUGUGGAGAGCGUUACCACACCCUGGAGAGAGGGCUGAAGGCCGUGGAGGAGCUGAUGGAGAAGGUGGAGCAGGUGGCGAGUUCUGACUCUGGGGAGAAGCACUUCAGCUGUGAUCUGUACCGGGAAGCAGAGGAGAAGGUGAGGAGGAUGCAGGAGGAGAUGGUCCAACAAAGGAAAGGAGAUGAAGAAAUCACAGAGGAGGACAUGUUGGAGGUGCGGGACGAGGCGGAGAGGAGCGCCGGUGACCUGGACGUGGAAGUAGAUCAUCUCUUUCCCUCUGAUGGAUGUGGAGUCUCCACCGCACCUCCCUGUUUCCUGUGGAGGCUGUGGGAGAAGCUGAGCGGGUGGGCGAGGUGGCUGCCCACUGUGGUUCGGAGGGAGGCGCUGCUGGGAGCCCUGGUGGGGCUGUUUGUGGGGGGGCCAGUUGGAGGCAUGAUGGGGGCCACGGUGGGAUCAGUGGCGACGGAGGUGGGGAAAAGGAGAACCCAGAAAACUAAAUGAGAGGUACACGUGUUUUUAAGACGCACCUUACAGUCAUUCACUGCAAACCGUAUUGGCGUGCUAGCAGCUGUUACAAUACAGAGGUGCAGGAAUGAGUCCUAAAACCUGGAAAUGAUUCAGCGUUUUACCACUUCCUGUUCCCUCGUCUUUGCGUUUUCUGUGUGUGACUGCGCUGUAGUUCCUUUAGCCCCUUAUAUAUAUAUAUAUAUAUAGGCUAAUGUUGGGCUAUAAAGGAACUACAGCACGGUCACAUGACUUCACGUCUCCACCGCUAAGCUAAAGGUGGCUAAUGUUGGGCUAUAAAGGAACUACAGCACGGUCACAUGACUCCACGUCUCCACCGCUAAGCUAAAGGAGGCUAAUGUUGGGCGUGAUGACGUUUAGUCGUCUCAUUCAGACACUUGUUAGUAACCCCCUAUUUUAAUUCACCAGUGGGGUUGUGACUCAUACCCUGUUUUUAGGACUCAUUCCUGCACCACUCUAUAGUAUUUAUGCUUGACCACUGACCACUACUAUUUAUACUAUUUCAUGUCAGAAAGGGUGCUUCUCUCUAAUAAAGCCGUUUUAUGUGAUUGCUUUAUUAAUGGUUAAUAAAUAAUGCUUCAUAAUAAGUCAAAUGUUUGGGUUGCCAGGUUUGGGUUACCAACCGAGGUAACACGGCCUUAUCUUAAGCCUUAAUCCAAAAGGGGAAAUUGUCCUAUUGUGAAUACGUUAUUUUCAAAACUUGGCAACACAAAUAUUGUCCUUAAGGAAGCAUACAUUAUAAAUUAGCCAUCAAAGCAUCAUCAGUCACUUGUUCAUAACGCUUUUUUAGAGAGGCCCUGCACUUUGUAGAGACGCAAUACUAAGAAACAUCCACUGAGUGGCGACACUGACCUUUAUACCAAAGAAGUUUUGAACGUGUGAGGUGAGAUAAACUUAUUUACUGCUUAAAGAGCAAAUAAAAGCUGCUGUUUUGACUCAA